CCGCUACCAUUCUUUUAUCCACACAAUAAAGGGGCACGUUGCGGUGGUGCCCCUUAUUUCUAUUCACACACAUACACAUUUACGUACAAAAACUAUCCGUUCAAAAUAACUCCGACAAGUUCAUGGCCUGUUCAGAAGCACAAAUUAGGUAGCUUAUCCUUCCCGCGCGCAGCAUGGCCGGUCGCUAUUCACAAAUCUCACAACCCCCGACACGCGACUCUCUCGAACUGGCUUCGCUGGCCUCCUCGUCGCACCCCUCUCAGCGAACUUCCAUAUCAUCUUCAGAGUCCGGACCGGCUUCCUCGCGGCGUUUGUCCUUCGACGAUGAAGAUCCCCUUUCCGAACUGAAUCCCGCCGGCCAUGGCGAUGAUAGCCGCCCACGACAUAAUCGAUCAUACAGCGUAUCUUCAGCAUUCGAUUUUGCGCCCAAUCUUUUCCCACUCUCUAGCACAUCACAGGGAUAUACUGCGCUUGGUGCGCCCUCGAAUCCUGCCCUAGAUCCGUCGAAUGCGCUCAAUGGAGGAUCAUUAGAGAAGAAUAAGAGCUUGACAUAUCUCAAUGGUCUGUCUUUGGUUGUUGGACUCAUAAUUGGAAGCGGGAUAUUCUCUUCCCCGUCACAAGUGAAUCGCAAUGCUGGCUCGCCUGGUGCGUCGCUCAUAAUUUGGGCGGUUGCUGGAAUUUUGGCGUGGACGGGUGCGGCGAGCUACGCAGAGCUCGGUGGAGCGAUCCCUUUGAAUGGCGGCGCCCAAGUUUACCUCUCAAAGAUAUUCGGGGAAUGGGCGGGAUUCCUGUUCACCUGGUGCGCUGUGAUGGUUCUCAAACCCGGUUCGGCCGCCAUUAUUGCCAUCAUUUUCGGCGAGUAUCUUGUCCGAGUAGUGAUCGGCGCAGAUGCUGCAGAUGCCAGCAGUUGGCUGAACAAAGGUGUUGCUCUGGCCGGACUGGUUCUGGUGACGCUCCUGAACUGCAUUUCUACCAAGCUCGGCACACGAAGCGCGGAUGUCUUUAUGUUUUUGAAAUUCGUCGCCCUCCUUGGAGUGACGGUCAUUGGAAUCGUGGUUGCGAUCACCGGAUAUUCUUACUCAGGAGAUGCGAGUGACGACUGGAAAAAGAACGGCUGGUUCGACAACACAAGCACAAACAUCUCCAACUGGGCAGUCGCCCUAUACUCUGGAUUGUGGGCAUUCGAUGGAUGGGAUAACGUCAAUUAUGUCACAGGCGAGUUCAAGAACCCGACUCGAGAUCUCCCACGCGUCAUUCACACUUCGCUCCCCAUCGUCAUCGCAUGCUACCUACUCGCCAACGUAUCCUACUUCCUGGUCCUACCAAUCUCGGUGAUCGAGUCAAGCAACACUAUUGCGGUAGCUUUUGGAAAAGAGGUAUUUGGACCAGUUGGGUCGAUCGUUCUCGCCCUAUUUGUAUCUGGAUCGUGUUUUGGCGCUUUGAAUGCUACGACAUUUACGAGCGGACGCUUAGUCUACGCAGCAGGAAAGGAAGGAUAUUUACCCUCGCUGUUCGGCUCCAUAGGAUUAGGGAAAUCACAUCGCGCCAUCCGACUCCACACAUUGAACGCGAAUCCCUCGAAGUCCAAGAUAACCACAUUAUUCAUCGACUUCUUCGCAGACGCAGACGCCGGCUUCUUCUUCACACCUAUAACUGCCAUGGCUCUGAACGCCCUGCUUACUGCAUUUUAUAUCUUCGUCGGCACAUUCGACACCCUGGUCACAUUCUACGGCGUUGCAGGAUAUUCCUUCUACUUCCUGACAGUCCUCGGCCUCAUCAUCCUCCGCGUCAAGGAGCCCGACCUGGAGCGGCCCUACAAGACCUGGAUAACGACACCCAUCAUCUUCUGCUGCGUGUCCCUCUUCCUCCUCUCACGUGCCGUCUUCGCAGAACCAGUACAAACACUCCUUGUCCUCGCCUUCAUGGUCGUCGGCCUGGCAAUUUGGUUCGGCUGGGUAGGCCGCAGACGAAACAAAGAGAAGGGCCGGUUCCGGCAGAUUGGAGAUCAUGAGGGUGAUGGCGGGUACGGGUGGAAGUUUUGGAAAAGAUGGACUUCGGCUUCAUAACGGUGGAAAUGUAAUGAGACGAGAUGAGAAGGGGCUUAACGACAUAAUCAGACAUGGAAAGAAGAGAAAAAAGGGAAUGUUAUACCUUGAAUGUAGAUAUACGACGCUCAUGAGAGUCCU